AUGUCGGCUGGUCCUCACACUCCCAGUGACGAUCGCCCACCUGACGCAAGAAACAGAUCUGUGGCUGGUGACCUUAUAACAGUUCAUGAAGAGGAAGACGACGAGAGCCACAAAUUCAAAGACGACUAUAAUGGUGAAGAGCGUCAACGAGAUAGGACUAACGAUGAAGAUUUGUUCAGACGCCGACGCAGAAGUGGGAGCCAUUCUCCUUCACGUGGUCGACGUUCUCCAUCACGUAGUCGGCGUUCUCGCUCACCACGGCAAACUCCGCGACGGUCGCUAUCACCACGAACGCCUUCUCAAGGUACUUAUCCCGAUUCGUAUGGUACCACCAAAGGUCGCUCUUCGUAUAAUGAUCCUUACGAAAAUGAUAGAAGGGAACGGGAAUCUGAUAGGGACAGAGCGAGAGAACCUCACCGUGAACGAAAUAGAAGAGAGCAUAGUCGAUCAAGAGAGAGAUCCGCAAGAAGUUUCAGGUCAGAUCGUAGCUAUAGUCAGAGAAUAAUCGCCAGGGAGUCUGCGGCUAUGGCGGCUUCACAGAAAUCGCAAAAGGAAUGUCGAGUAUAUGUGGGUAAUUUAGCUUAUGAAGUUAAAUGGGCACAGUUGAAGGACUUUAUGCGACAAGCCGGUGAGGUGGUAUUUGCGGAUGUUCUGAUGCAACCUAAUGGAAUGUCAAAGGGUUGCGGAGUUGUUGAAUAUCGUACGCCUGAAGACGCUCGACGGGCAAUUCAGACCCUGAACGAUACAGAUUUGCUAGGAAGACCAGUAUUCAUCCGUGAAGAUAGGGAGAGUGAAGCGAAAUUUGGUACUGGAUUACCUAAUCGUGCCUCUGAUAGAAGUGGCGGAGGAAGCAACAAUGUGCACAAUGGCGGAAACAACGCCGGCGGUGUUGGGGGCAAUGCAGGCCGACAAAUAUUCGUGGGAAAUUUGCCUUAUUCUGUUGGCUGGCAAGAACUGAAGGAUUUGUUUAGGAAUGCUGGGAAUAUUAUUAGGGCGGACAUUUUAAUUGGACACGAUCGUCGUUCUAAAGGAUCAGGGACAGUGUUAUUCGAAACUCCAAUUGAUGCAGCCAAUGCUAUUUCUAAGUACGAUGGGUACGAGUGGAAUGGUAGAAGGAUUGAAGUUCGAGAGGAUCGUUUUGCUGGAGGGCCGCCGCCGCCUAGAUUUGCUGGUCGACCUCGGUUAUAUAAUCCAUCAUAUGGCGGCGGAUCGGGUGGGCCUUACUACGGCGGAGGCUAUGGAUCGGGCUAUAUAUCUAUGAGCGGAGGCCCCGGACAAUAUGAGACUUAUGGCGGCGGUUAUGGUGAAUUUGGCGGUAGCGGUGGCAUGUUAGACUAUAGCGGCGGAGAAUUUGGUGGUAAUUACGGAGCACCGUACGGAGCUGGACCUGGCUACGACGGAACGUCAGGGUACUAUGGAGCACAGGGAUCAUCUUCGGGUGGUGUAUCAGGGACUCAAGUCUAUGUCAAAAACCUUCCAUAUACUACUACAAAUCUCGACUUGAGAGAACUUUUCAAGCACUGUGGUAAUGUUGUAAGAACAGAAAUACUCGAGAUUAACGGUCGACCGAGAGGGGCAGGAAUAGUGCAAUUUGAAAACUACGAGUCAGCGCGUCUCGCUAUCGAAAAGUUUAAUGGAUAUACGUAUGGCGGCCGUGCGAUCGAUGUAAUUUUCGAUCGAUUUGCACAGUGA